AGAGGCGGACAGCAUUAUAACCCUCCACUCAGGGUUACUGUCAUUGGUAAAAUUAGGGUUUUUCCAGUAGUCCUCAACACCGAUACGACAUUCCGGGCCGAAACCGCCACCAUGAACCACCAGAACACGCGGCGGAAGAAGCAGAAGCUGACCCCAGAAGCCCAGUUCCGGGCUACACUCGACCUCUGCUCCAGAACGAAAGACUUCUCCGCCGCGGUCUCCCUCUAUGAAUCCUCCGCCUCUCCAACUCUCACCCUCAACAACCUCAACUCCUUCCUCUACAUAUGCUCCAACGCCCUUUCCAACCCGGAAACCCGGGAUUCCGCCAUCAAUUUCGGGUUCAACUUGUUCCACCACCAUAACAAGGAAAAUUUCAAGCCAAACGAGGCGACGCUCACGGCUAUGGCCAGGCUGGCGGCGGCGAAAGGCGACGGUGACUAUGCGUUUGAGCUUGCGAAGAGCGUGAAGAACUAUGCGGUUGCGCCGAAGCUCAGGACUUAUGCGCCGGCACUGAUUUGUUUUUGUGGUAGUGGUGAGGCGGAUAAGGCGUAUGAAGUGGAGGAGCAUGUGAAAUCCGUGGGGCUGCACUUAGAGGAACCCGAGCUCGCUGCUUUGUUAAAGGUGAGCGUGGAGACAGGGAGGGAGAACAAGGUUUAUGAGUAUUUGCAUAAACUGAGGACACUAAGAGGGGUUGACGAGUCAACAAUGGAAAUCAUAGAGAGUUGGUUUAGAGGGAAGAAGGCAGCUGAGGUGGAAUUAGUUAGUUUGGAUCAGGAUCAGGUUAAGGAGGCCAUUAUGAAGAAUGGAGGUGGAUGGCAUGGACUUGGGUGGCUUGGUAAGGGUGAGUGGGUCCUGCGGAGAUCGAGUAUCACCUCAGAUGGAAGAUGUUGUGCUUGUCGUGAGCAGUUGGUUUGUGUCGAUAUUGAUAGAGCUGAGACUGAGAAGUUUGCCCAAUCAGUUGCUUCUUUGGCAAUGGAAAGAGAAGUUCAAUCAAAUUUUAAGGAAUUUCAGGAUUGGCUAGAUCAACAUUCUGAAUAUGAAAGUGUGGUCGAUGGAGCAAAUGUUGGACUGUACCAACAGAAUUUUGCAGAGGGCGGUUUCAGUAUUGCACAGCUUGAUGAUGUCGUGAAAGAAGUGCAUAAAGGCAGCCAAAAAUGGCCACUUGUUGUGUUGCAUAAGAAGCGCAUCCGGUCACUUCUUGAGGAUGUUUCUAAAAGAAAACUGAUUGAGGAAUGGACUGACCAAGGACUGUUGUAUGGAACACCAUAUGGAUCGAAUGAUGAUUGGUAUUGGCUAUAUGCUGCUGUAAAAUUAAAGUGCUUGUUAGUGACAAAUGAUGAAAUGAGAGAUCAUAUUUUUGAGCUGCUUGGUAGCAAUUUUUUCUUCAGAUGGAAAGAAAGACAUCAGGUCAGAUAUACAUUCAUGAAAGGCAAUCUGAAACUUACGAUGCCCCCUUCAUAUUCUCUUGUCAUCCAGGAAAGCGAGAAGGGGUGGUGGCAUAUACCCUUAGCAGGAGAAGUUAGUAGCGAGUCUUUGAGAACUUGGCUCUGUGUGACGCGUCCAGGAUAUUGUGAUACCGGCAAAGAGAUCACAUGCAAUAAUGAUCGUCAGUUAGAUCAUAUAAAUGGUAGUAGUAACUCAGAGAGUUCUUGAGCAUGAAAUGGCAUCUGCUGGAUCGCCACUCACAGGACGAAAGAGUCCUUUUUCUAUUGAAGGGGAUGGUUAAAAUUUUGGUUAAACGUGGUUGGUUACUCAAAAGUACUCUUGAUUUAUAGUCAUGAAUAGAUAAGGUAGGCACACGGUGUAAUUUUAAGUGAUGGUGGUCCUGAUCCAAACCACCUGGUUUUCCAGCCAAAUUUGUUGGAGUUCUUGAAUGACCUCUUAAUUAGCCCACAUGAUAUUGGUUUUGUUCCUAUUUAAGUAUUCAUGAUCUUCUACUAUAGGGUUGACGACAUAUAUAAAUAGGAAAAUUCUAAUUUAGACUGGUUUGGUCAGAUUUGAACCAAGUUAUAUAGUAAGUGUAAUACAUUUGCGUCGUGUUGGUGUAUAAUUUAGAGAAAGUGAUUGGUCACAUGAUAAGUGUAUUACACCUAUAUGAUUGGUUUGGUUCGAUCAAAUUUAGUUUGGUAAGAA